GUUGGAUGCCAACCGCCGAUAAACCCCACUGAAGAAGAAGAAGAAGAACCAAGAUGGCGGCUUCCUUGUGUCUGUAUUACCAGCUAUGUGUCAGAAGAAGUUUGCUUGUGUCCUGUCCUUCAUAUUUGCUCCUACACAACAGACCUCAUGUAUACAGGAUAUGUGGGUCCCUCACAAGUUCCUCACAGGUGCGGUAUGCAUCAGACAGGGGAGGUGGCCGAAAAGGCUUCUUUGGGGGGUUCUUGGACAACCUCAAGCAGGAGCUCAGCAAGAACAAGGAGAUGAAGGAGAACAUCAAGAAGUUUCGCGAGGAGGCCAAAAAGCUGGAAGAAUCGGAAGCUCUGAAUCAAGCUCGGAGGAAAUAUAAAACCAUAGAGUCUGAAACCGUGAAGACGUCCGAAGUUCUGAAGAAGAAGUUAGGGACCUUCUCAGAGACUGUGAAAGAGGGUCUGGAAGAGGUCAGUCGUACAGAUAUAGGGAAGAAGAUCAAGGAAGGCAUGGAGGAAGCUGCAAAGACAGCCAAGACAUCUGCGGAGUCUGUGUCCAAGAGUGGAGAGAAACUGGGAAAGACUGGUGCCUUCAGAGCAAUAUCACAGGGUAUGGAGAGUGUGAAGAAGGAGAUUGAUGAUCUUAAUCAGAGUGGGCCCUACCGGGCACCCAAGAGACUACGGAAGAGGAGCGACUUUUCGUCCAAGGCUGCAGAAAAUGAGAACAAGGUCUUCGAGGCCAAUGAGGAGGCCAUGGGAGUGGUGCUGCACAGGGACUCUAAAUGGUACGCACAGUGGAAGGAUUUCAAGGACAACAACAUGGUCUUCAACAGGUUCUUUGAGAUGAAGAUGAAGUAUGAUGAAAGCGAGAAUGCCCUCGUCAGAGCGUCUCGUGCCGUCACAGAUAAAAUGACUGACCUCCUAGGUGGGCUCUUCUCCAAGACAGAGAUGUCAGAGGUGCUGACAGAGAUUCUGAAGGUGGACCCGUCGUUCGACAAGGAUGUCUUCCUCAAGCAGUGUGAAUUUGACAUCAUACCCAACGUCCUGGAGGCCAUGAUCCGAGGGGAGCUUGAUGUGCUGAAGGACUGGUGUUAUGAAGCGACGUACAGCCAGCUGGCCCACCCCAUCCAACAGGCCAAGGCUAUGGGCCUGCAGUUCCACUCUAAGAUCCUGGACAUAGACAACAUUGAUCUGGCCAUGGGGAAGAUGAUGGAGCAGGGUCCGGUGCUGAUCAUCACCUUCCAGGCCCAGCUGGUUAUGGUGAUCCGCAACACUAAAGGCGACGUCAUAGAGGGAGACCCUGACAAGGUGCUGAGGAUGAUGUACGUGUGGGCCCUGUGUCGAGACCAGGAGGAGCUCAACCCUUACGCAGCCUGGAGACUCCUGGACAUCUCUGCCUCCAGCACUGAACAAAUCCUCUGAGAGGCCCACACACACACACACACACACACACACACGGCUGGAAGACCGAGGAGGAGAGGGGAGGCAGGCUGGACAGGGGAACAUGGAUUUACCACAGGGACAUGAACAAGCAGUGCUGGCCCUGUCAGCAACCCAGCUAUCUCCUCCCUGAACAUGGCUUUGGGUGGCCCACUGUGGACUGUCUCCUCUGGCUGCCCCUCAUGGACCAGACUAGUAGUGUUCACAGACCAGGAUAGAGGAGACCCAAACUGGAUGGACCUGUGUUCCCACUAGGGGCAGUAGACCACUCAAGCGUGUCUGUCUGUCACACCAUGGUUAGAUAAGUUGAUACUGUCCUCCUCCUCUCCCAAACUUCAUUGUGUUCACUAGAGGAUGAAGUGAAGGGUGUCUUUAAUGCCUAUGUUGAUCCCUUCCCAGUUUGGGGAGGACAUCUUGGAUGCCAUGUGGUUCACCAAUGCCCUAGACCAGGGAUGGGCAACUUUGAUGGGGUUGGGGGCCACAGAAAAUCUGACUCCUCGUGCAGGUCUACGUACCCACAUCCAUACCCACACAUGCAGUCAGAGCCAGUUCAUUUCCUGCAAUUCUACACAUUUUGCCAUGGGGCGGAGAGAACAUUUUGCCAUUUUAUAACUCAUUUCAUACAAUUCUACUAAUUUCGCCAUUGGGCAGAGAGAAAGGUUUAGCAGUUUUUAAUGAUAUCUGAGUGAGAGUGACUAACAAAAUCAAUGGGCCACCUCCCCGGUCGGUAGAUAGCUGGGCGCUAGACUAUCUAAACAAACCUAACAAUCUAAAAAAUAUUAGGUGACAUGGGCUAAUUGAGUUACUGCUGCUGCACAACCAAAUUUUGAAAUUGCACUUUGCGUAUUCUACUAU